AUGCCUUCGAAGAACACCGCCGCCAGCAUGUUCGGUGGAGCCGGGGGAAGAGGCUCCAGGGCGUCCGUGGCGAGCCUGGAGGGGCUGCGGAACGUGCUGCGCAACGACACGGAGAGGGACUCCGCUCCCGUCGCUCCAGCUGCAGCCGCCCCCGCCGCCCCUGUGGACGACAAGCAGACGCUGCGCGGCCUGAACGACCGUCUGUCCGGUUACCUGGACCGGGUGAGGCAGCUGCAGGAGGAGAACCGGGACCUGCAGAAGCAGAUCGAUGACAUUCUGGCCAAGAGGAAAGCACCGGAAGGACGCGACUGGGAUGAAGUCCAGAAACCUCUGGAUGACCUCAAGAAGAAGAUCAAAGACAUCACCAUGGACAAUGCAAAGCUGCUGCUCCAGAUCGACAACACCAAACUGGCCAAUGAUGACUUCAAGAACAAGCUGGACGAUGAGAAAAAGGCCCGUAAGGAAUUAGAGAAAGACCUGGAUGACCUGAAGAAGGUCAAAGAAGACACCAAACUGAACCGUGAGCAGAUGCAGAAAGAGAUCGAUCUGGUGAAGGAUGAAGUCACUCGUCUCGAGCAGGAACACAAAGACGAGGUGGAUGCUCUGAUCGAGAAGAUCAAGGACUCCGAGGUGAAGGUGGAGAUUGAUUCCCAGAACUCCAACCUGGCUGAGGUUGUCAACACCAUCCGAGCCCAGUACGACAAACUGGCCCAGAAGAACCUGAAGGAGACGGAGGACUGGUACAAGAGCAAGUUUGACACCAUCAAGGUGGAGGAAGCCCAGAACGUGGAGGCCCUGCAGUCUGGAAAGACGGAGCUCAAGGAUCUGCUGAGAGAGAAGCAAACUAUGGAAAUCCAGAUUCAGAGCUCACUGAGCACGUUCCGUAACCUGGAGGAGACCCUGUGCAGCACCAAAGCAGAAUAUGGUCAACGUCUGGCCCCAUUAAACCAGGUAGUCCUUGACCUGGAGGCGGAGCUGAGGGAGGUGAGGUCACAGGUGGAGCAACAGGUGGAGACCAACAAGAACCUGCUGUGUGUGAAGAUGAAGCUGGAGGCAGAAAUCAACAAUUACCAGCAGCUGAUUUACGGCAUGACCGCUGAUAACGACAGCUUGGAGUUUGACUUAGAGGAUGCACUGCAUCGUGGUCCGCAAAAGCCUGACGAGAAGGUGCAGGAAAAGGUAAAGAAAGAAGUUGUUGUGAAGCAAGAAAGCGCCCCCUCUAACAAAUCCGCUCCCCCCAAAGCCCCUGAAGAUGCUGAAACAGAAAAACCCAGUGAAGUGGAGGAAGAACACGCCAUCGAGGCCGAGACGGCUGCUGCCAACAUGGAAGCAGAUCCAGCCAGCAGCCCAGCUAAAAAGAAAAAACCCAAAACUAAGAAAGAUUCAUCCUCUUCCUCCUCCUCCUCCUCUUCAUCUUCCUCUUCCUCCUCUGAGUCUGAGAAUGAAAAUGAAAAGCCCAAAAAUGAGAAUGAAGUGGCCAAAGCUUGAUCCUUCAAAGCUUCUUUUCUGCUCUGUAUCUUUUCUGUUUCUCAGCAAAGUAUCACAUUAACACUAUUGAGGUGUUUUCUCAGAUGCCACUGAAAUAAAGAGAUUUGAUCAAG